GCCCAAGUUAGAUCUGCAGUUUCUCCAGCGGUUCCUGAGAAUACAGAAGGUCCUGUUUCCUUCCUGGUCCUCACAGAAUGUCCUGAUGUUCCUGACUCUUCUGUGUGUGGCCCUGCUGGAACAGUUGGUGAUCUACCAGGUGGGCUUGAUCCCCAGCCAGUACUACGGCGUCCUGGGAAGUAAGGACUUGGAUGGGUUUAAGGCGCUGACAUCGCUGGCUGUGGUGCUCAUCAUCCUCAACUCCACACUGAAGAGCUUUGACCAGUUCAUCUCCAGCCUGCUGUACGUGAGCUGGAGGAAGGACCUCACCGAGCACCUGCACCGCCUCUACUUCCGGGCCCGCGUGUACUACACGCUUAACGUGCUGCGAGAGGACAUCGACAACCCGGACCAGCGCAUCAGCCAGGAUGUGGAGCGGCUCUGCCGGCAGCUCAGCAGCAUGGCCAGCAAGCUGAUCCUCUCGCCGUUCGCCCUCGCCUACUACACUUUCCAGUGCUUCCAGAGCACAGGCUGGCUCGGGCCCGUGAGCAUCUUCGGGUACUUCAUCCUGGGAACGGUGGUGAACAAGACUUUGAUGGGGCCCAUCGUGGCAAAGCUGGUGCAGCAGGAAAAACUGGAGGGAGAUUUUAGGUUCAAGCACAUGCAGAUUCGGGUGAAUGCGGAGCCUGCUGCUUUCUACAGCAGAGCCGGCCACGUGGAACAUGCGAGGACAGACCGCAGGCUUCAGAGACUCGUGCAGACCCAGAGGGAGCUGAUGUCCAAGGAGCUCUGGCUGUACAUCGGUGUCAACACCUUUGACUACAUGGGCAGCAUCCUGAGUUACAUAGUCAUUGCGAUCCCCAUUUUCAGCGGGGUCUAUGGAAACCUGAGCCCCACCGAGCUUAGCACCCUGGUCAGCAAGAACGCGUUCGUGUGCAUCUACCUCAUUAGCUGCUUCACCAGGCUCAUCGACCUCUCCACCACGCUGUCGGACGUGGCGGGUUACACGCACAGGGUUGGGGAGCUGCAGGAGGCCCUGCUGGACACGUUCCUGGUGUCCCAGGACGUGGAGAGCGAGCGCGGCUUGGACCGGGCCCCGGGCUGCGCCGCGCCCGGGCCUGUGGGCACAGCGUUCCUCCUGGAUCGGGUCUGCGUCUCAGCCCCCUCCUCCGACAAGCCCCUGGUCAAGGACCUGAGCCUGAAGAUCUGCGAGGGCCAGAGUCUGCUCAUCACAGGCAACACCGGCACCGGCAAGACCUCGUUGCUGCGCGUUCUGGGCGGCCUGUGGGCCGGCGCCCAGGGCUCCGUGCAAAUGCUGGCCGACUUCGGGCCCCACGGGGUGCUGUUCCUGCCACAGAGGCCGUUCUUCACCGACGGGACCCUCCGGGAGCAGGUGAUCUAUCCCCUGAAGGAGAUCUACCCGGACUCAGGCUCUGCUGAUGACGAAAGGAUCUUGAGGUUCUUGGAACUGGCAGGCCUGUCCAACUUGGUGGCCAGGACAGAGGGUCUAGACCAGCAGGUGGACUGGAACUGGUACGACGUCCUGUCCCCGGGCGAGAUGCAGAGGCUGUCCUUCGCCCGGCUCUUCUACCUGCAGCCGAAGUACGCAGUGCUGGACGAAGCCACCAGCGCCCUGACGGAGGAGGCUGAGAGCGAGCUCUACCGCAUCGGCCAGCAGCUCGGGAUGACGUUCGUCAGCGUGGGGCAUCGGCCCAGCCUGGAGAAGUUCCACUCCUGGGUUCUGAAACUCUGCGGAGGAGGAAGAUGGGAGCUGACGAGAAUCAAAGUGGAAUGAAGCGAGGGUGUGAGGAGCUGAGCUCGGGACGGACAUCUUCCCCGGGAGGCCAGGAGGCCCGCCGGGCAAGAUGGGCCUGUGCAGGAGCCCGCAAGAGCGGGCCCACCUGGGCGGCCCCCAGCUGACGCAGGUCUCCCCGGGCUGCUCCUGGGGCCACACGUGGGAAGUGCUGAUUGCUCACCAAUUACUUCAGAUCGUGUUGAAGAGAAAUCCAGGCGUGUGCAAGCCGUGGGAAAUGCAGGGUCAGGAAAGGGCCCGCAGCCAGGACGGCCAGUGAAAUUUUGCUUGCAAUAGAUUUUUAACUUUGAUUAACCUUUUAAAUUUUAUGACUUUUAAAAAGGAAAAGUGAAACGUUAAAACAAAAUGUUCUUGUA